AUGGCUGGAAUAGAGAAAGAUCCUUCCCCGGCGUACGCUACGGAGUCCUCCUCCACCACUCGGAGGGAGGGUUUCGUCGCCGACUUCAUCGACGGCUUCAAGCCCCAUCCCAUCCACGCCGCUGCGAGUCAGAAGCGCCGCGAUGCGGCAGAGGGCGGCACAUAUGAUAUCGAACAGGCCGCAAUCAAUGUCGCUGAAUCGCCCCUUUCGCGAAAGCUCAAGGGCCGUCAUUUGCAGAUGAUUGCCAUCGGUGGCUCCAUCGGUACGGGUCUGUUUGUCGGUUCUGGUAAGGCGUUGGCGACGGGUGGACCGGCGUCGCUGCUGAUUGCGUUUGCUCUCAUCGGAGGAAUGCUGUACUGUGUGGUGCACGCGUUGGGCGAGCUGGCUGUGUUGUUCCCGAUUGCGGGUUCGUUUUCGGCAUAUUCUACAAGGUUUUUGGAUCCGGCUUGGGGUUUUGCAAUGGGCUGGAAUUACGCGUUACAAUGGCUCAUCGUCUUACCGCUGGAAAUCGUCGCCGCAUCGAUAACAAUUGAUUACUGGCACUCGACGGUCAAUAAAGCCGUCUGGGUCACUAUAUUCUGGGUUUUGAUUGUAAUAAUCAAUUUAUUUGGUGUCAAGGGUUACGGUGAAGCUGAAUUCGUCUUUUCGAUCAUCAAAGUUGUUGCCGUUAUUGGUUUCAUCAUACUCGGUAUCAUCCUUGAUGUCGGCGGCGGUCCAAAUGGGGAUUACAUCGGCGGCAGACAUUGGCAUGACCCUGGCGCCUUCCAUUCAGGUUUCAAGGGUCUCUGCAGUGUGUUCGUGACCGCAGCCUUUGCCUUUGCCGGUACCGAACUUGUGGGUCUUGCCGCCGCAGAAACCGCGAACCCGCGCAAGUCUCUCCCCACAGCCGUCAAGCAGGUGUUUUGGCGUAUCUUCCUCUUCUACAUCGUCUCCCUCACUCUUGUCGGGCUCUUGGUUCCAUACAACGAGCCGCGUCUUUUGAGCGGAAAAUCAAGUGCCGAUGCCUCUGCCUCUCCCUUCGUCAUCGCCAUUGAGAAUGCUGGUAUCGAGGCUCUCCCCAGCAUCAUGAACGUCGUCAUCAUGAUUGCUGUCCUCUCAGUCGGUAACUCCUCCGUCUAUGGUUCCUCCCGUACUCUUGCUGCCCUCGCCGACCAAGGCCAGGCCCCCAGAAUCCUAGGCUACAUUGACCGUCGUGGUCGUCCUAUGGUCGGAAUUGCCCUCUCGGCCCUACUUGGUCUUCUUGGAUACCUUGCCGCCUCUGAUAAGCAGGGUGAUGCUUUCGGAUGGAUGUUGGCCAUUUCUGGUCUCUCCUCCAUCUUCACCUGGGGCUCCGUCUGUCUCGCGCACAUCCGCUUCCGCCGUGGAUGGGCUAAGCAAGGCCACUCUCUCGACGAGCUUGCCUACCGGUCGCAGCCUGGUGUCUUUGGAUCGUGGUGUGGGUUCAUCCUCAACUGCUUGGUCUUGAUUGCGCAGUUCUGGGUUGCAGUGUGGCCAAUUGGUGAGGAUCCUGAUGUGGAGGUGUUUUUCUCAAUCUACCUCACUGUUCCCGUGGUGUUGGCGUUCUACAUCCCCUACAAGAUUAUCUACAAGACUCCCUUUGUCAGGUCGGCCACUAUGGACCUGACCACCGGACGUCGUGAGCUAGAUCUGGAUGCCCUGUUAGCGGAAGAGCGCAGGGAGAGAGCUGCAUGGCCGGCGUGGAAGAAAGCGUAA